GUGCAGUAAGACAUCAUGGAGUUCAGAGCUCUCUGUGUCAGCAUGUUGACGGCUGUGAUGAUCCUGCUGUGUGCACAUGAUCAGAAAGCUGAUGCCGUUUCUCUUCAUGUCGUUCCAAACAGAUCACAGUUCUUUGAAUAUGAGUCGGUAACUUUUCACUGUGAGGGCGUCUCUCACUAUAAUGUUGUACGAAAGCCGAAAUGGGAAAAAUUAUGCAACAGUAAUGUGAAAAAAACAGGAUCCUCCUGCACUAUAAGCAAUGUUUAUCCAGAGGACAGUGGAGAGCACUGGUGUGAGACUGGAGGAGGACAUAGAAGCAACAGCAUCAACAUCAGUGUCACUGCUGGUUCUGUGAUCCUGGAGAGUCCUGCUGUUCCUGUGUUGGAGGGAGAAGCUGUGACUCUGCACUGCAGAAACAAAACAACUUCCUCCAACUUCACAGCUGAUUUCUAUAAAGAUGGACUCCACAUCAGCAGCAGCUCCACAGGAAGCAUGAGCAUCCACAGAGCUUCCAGGCUUCAUGAAGGAGUUUAUAAAUGCAGCAUUUCAGGAGCUGGAGAAUCACCAGAGAGCUGGCUGAAAGUUACAGAAUACGUUAAAACGUUUCUAAAGUGCAAGCAAGAAGCUUCGGGCUAUCCUGAGAAUGUGAAAACUCCAGAUGAACAGGAGUUGUACAUUCAGGAGUACUACGAGAAAGAGGGAACGUUGACCAAACUGAGGAUACGAGCACAGGAAACUUGA